AUGAAUACGCAGUCCAUUCCACUCGGCUCUUCUACGGCCCCGACCAUAUGCCGCAAGUCUUUGCCUCUCCCAUGUCUACGCGCGCCACGAGGACUGUGCAGUUCAUUAGAACACACCGACCGGCAUGGCCCGGUCUACCGCAGCCAGAGCCUUGUGCAAGGCUCGCAGAACCAGGGCCACUUCAAGGUAGUCAUGAACAUCUUUGGCAGGACGUUGACUGGAGACGUUGACGAGAAGAUGGCCGUGCGCAUUACAGCCGAGGUGCGGCUCGGUCCGGACCGCCAUGUCCGGACCAAAGGACCCCUAGCCCCCGCGCCAUCCUGA